AUGUCGCUGGUGGACAGGGUGUCCUCAGACGCCAGAGCGGAGUUCCUGUCUUCUAUCGCAAACAUUGUAGUUUCCAUCGAAAAGUCGCUGUCUGCGGAAUCUGGUGGUUCAUUAAACGGGACUAAUGGGCAUAGACAUGUUCAGUAUCGUGUCGCUGGGACCUUUUCGUCUCCGGAAAGUGGUGAAUCGCAGGACAGUGCAGGGUGCAUUCGUCAGUUCAUAUCCAAGGGGAAUAAGUUGCAUCUGAACUGCACCCAGGAUGUACAUGACCUUAUAUCGCAUUUGAUUGGUGCGGACGAGCUAUCGGCGCUGGGAUUGGACUCUUUUAGGACGCUAGCUGCUCAACAGGCAUGGCGCUCAUCACCAAGGAAGACCGAAAGCAAAUCAUCUGGCCGGUCGUACACACUAUAUAUGAUUCGACCGACGCUGUCAGAUGCUGCUCAACUGAAGUCGGUGCUGCAUUAUGACAGGAGCGAGUGCUACGUGUUGUGCCUGCCGGAGGUAUCCGACAUGUUCCCAGGGGUGUUGCAAGGAAUGCUUGGCAAGUCGUUCACCGUGCUGCGAGGCAUUGGUGGGCACCGUGGCAAUCGCGUGGUGCACCUAUACAGCUGCAAUGUGCAUAUGGCGCCAGUUGAAUCGUCUGUCCUUUCGAUGUUCAUCUCCCGGUCAUUCCAGACGUUCUACGCAGAAGGGGAUCCCAUGUCGGCGUGGUUCUACUCCAAAGCAUUGGAACACCUGGAAAGUCGGAUAUUCGACGGUGCUGUGCCAAGGGUCACGUGCCUAGGGCACCUUUCUCGGAUGGUGGCCGAGAUACUGCUAAAGUGUCGCAGGGACUCUGCUGCUGAUCUGAUCAUACUUGGCACUGAGCGGUCCCACGCUGGAUCGGACAUGCCGUAUCUGACCAAGGAACUGAAUGCACAUCGUUACGGCAAAGAGUCGACAACGGCAAGUUCUGCAGAAACUCAUUCUCCGAAAACCGGAGACAAAGGUACUAAUGCGGAUGCGCGGGCGACUACGGACACCAUGCGACUGCUCCGCCAGUCGUCCAUGGUGGACGAGGCUGUGCUCAUAGACCGAUCUGUGGAUUUAGUAACGCCUAUGUGCCUCAACUUCACGUACGAGGGCCUACUGGAUAACCUGUUUGGAGCUGUCAAAGGUAAUCUGCACCUGCCUCCCGGCGUUGUGGAGGGUUCAGCGGGAGCGGCGCCGAUAGGUAUCCUGGACCAAUAUCGCAGUAACAUCACAUCAAAUAAAGGAAGCUCUUCUGCCAAAUCCACGCAGUCCAGCUCUGUCUUGACGCUGAACUCGCCGUUAUACAAAGAAAUACGCUGGAUGAAUUACAGCGAGGUAGGCAAGUACCUGCACCAACGUGCGCUACAAGUGCACAAAGGGUACGAACGUGGCGGUUUGUCUACUCUUGGUGAAAUGGACGCUUUUGUGAAGAAAUUUAAGAACCUGCAAAAGGAACAUUCCGAACUCUCGGUCCAUGUCAACUUGAUGUCGUGGCUUUCUUCGCUGGUCAACGGCGACCUCAUCCAGCUUUUACAGCAUAUGGAGGACACUAUAUUGCAAUACUCUUCAGACGCGAAGCCCGAGGACUCUAAGUUGGCGUCCAUUACAGCUAAACUGUUCAAUAAGCCCUGCGACCCCUUUGUGGCGCUGUUCCUGGAUCUCAUUUUCUGGAACGUCGACGUCAAUCAGCUAUAUAGGUUGCUGGUGCUAGCAAGCCAAACUCGAGAUGGAAUCAAGUCUGGCGAUUUGCAAAACAUCAAACGCGCUGUGGUGGAUCAGUACGGAUUCAACCAGUUACUGGCGAUGCAUGAGCUGGAACGUAUGGGCAUGGUGCGGGUCAACGAUGCGCCAGAUGGGAUGCGGUGGUCUCGACUUUGCAAAAAGUUAAAUUUGUUGGUGGAUCGAGACACCGGAUCAGCAGACUACUCAAUGAUUUUCGGAGGGUACGCGCCCAUAUCGCUGCGGCUGUAUCAGUUGAUCGUGCUGUCACGUGGGCUCGGUUCUGUUCAAUCAGAGCUGCGGUUGCUGAACUGCCCAGUAUCUGUGCUGCGGCAGAAGAACCUCGUUUCCGAACACAAGCGCCAGGAGUCCAAAGCUGCAACAUAUAAGGUUUUGGGUUAUCUGGGUGGCGUGACUCUUGGCGAAAUUGCCGCGGUCGCCUCCCUUAACCAGAAGCAAAGCCAAAAGAUACUUCUGAUCACCACCGAUAUCGUAGGCAUGAGAAACAUGCUCAAAGUAGACGUAUAA